AUGUCCUUAUUAGAUAAGCAAGAAUCAAAGAGUUUCAGAGAUGAAGUCUCUCCAUCCAUCAGAGAUUUCAUAAUCAAUUUUAGAAAAUAACAAGCCUAAAUUGCAAAGCAAAGCGCCUAUUAGCAAUCGAUAAAAAAAACUAUUCCGAUUAAAUAAAUAACGCAAUUGAAGUUAAAUAGAUAAUCAGUUGACACUCAGACUGAUCUCACCGAGUAACAAUCAGAUACAUCAUUCAAAAGGAAUUCCUUCUAAAUCUCAUAAAGAUAAAAUUCAACAUAUUCUUAAUCUUGUUUGACCACUCGAGAAGUCCAAAUACAAUGUGACGAUAAUCAAAUGAAACCUACUGAUGAUCUCCCCUCGGCAAGAGUUAACAUCCAUUAUCUUCAGUAACAUUAUCAAUCGACUCAAUCCUAAUCAUCAGACUUAGCCAUCCAAAAUGCAUCAUAAUAAUUGCCUUUAAUCUAUAGAUCUCCACAGAAGAUGGAUAAUGAAUUUAAUUUCGAUUAAAUGACUGAACAAAUCCUCAACAAAGUCAUUUAAGAAUUAGAUAAAAGAAAUACAGAAACAAACAUAACUUCGUAACAGCCAUCUGCUUCCAAGUCCCUCUCUAGUUAAAAAAUCAACAAUUUAUCAAUCAAUAACUAAACUGUUUCUCUCACUGUUAUCCCAUAACCAAAAAAUGAAGACGAUGAUUCUUUCUUAAAAUUUAUUUAAAUGAGUCUAGUCAAUAAGAACAAGAUAUAUUAUGAAGAACAAGAAAAUCAACCACCAUAGAAAAGUCCGGUCAAGUAUUUCUCAAACAUUCCCAAAACUAGGGAAUAGCAUUCAAAAUCAUCAAUGAGUAAAUCAAUAUUUUCAGAAUCAUUAAAUCAAAAUAGAGUAAUUAAGAGUAAAUGUAAUACUAAUACAAACACAAAAUCAAAUGCCCAUUAAAGAUUAUAUUAAGAUGCUUGUAUGCGAUAAGAGAGAAAGACAAUGGCCACGAAUAGAAAACCUAGAUAUUGA